AUGGAGGAAAAGCAAUCGCCGAUUGACGAAUGGGCAGAAUUGAAAUCGGGGUUUGGGAUACCACCAGGAACUUUGAAUUUGGUAGAACUGAACAGGAAGGAAUGGAGAUAUGAAAUGGCGCUUCCACUUCCUCCACCGUCCCCUGUAGACGCGCCCAUUCUUCAAGAGUUCUUGCGGCCAUGGAAAACUUUACAGCUUCCUAAUUUGCCCGCUUCGACUAAUAAUAUUAAGGGUUCAUUUAUGAGGAGCUACGAACCUCAGUAUACAUCAGGCGAACCCACGGUUGCAUCUGAAAUUCGAAAAUCGUCAUACUUAGAGCCACGCAUAGCUGUUCCGGAAGCACAAGCUCUUUUGAUCAAGCUACGUAUUCGUUUUUUUCUUGGCUCGGUCGAGUCUCUUUUGUAUAGAUUGGUAGUAUAUGACAUGUCACUAGGCGUUCGAGCUACCGAAGAGUUUUGCUUUCGGAUUCCGGGUCCAAUGCUAAAUAACGAGGAGAUUCCAACUGCUCCUGCAGUUUUAGUUUAUGUACUUCCAACAUUGCAGAUGCAGAAUUUGUACGUGCUUUUGAAAGUAAGCAAGGUGCUAGUAGGCGACGGAGAUAUUGCGACAACACCAUACUGUACUCCAGUCAAAUUUGCCUCGAAAAUGGAGCAGCAAAAGCUAGUUGAAAAGGCUGUUGAUUGCGAAGUACGUUUAGGUAGGUUUCAGCAGUCACUUGCAUGGGGAACUAUGCCGUUAAAGAAAGGCACCAAGCAAUCAAUGACUUUAUUUCGGCAGCGAGGAUGUAUCUCGGAAGAGCAACGAAUUUCUCUGAUGUCAGAUGCCAUUCGAGGUCUCCUUAAAGAAAAAGUUACACCUGCUUUGUGUGAGUUUGACGUUGACACGAUUACAGCAGAAGAAUUAGCCGAUGCGAAAUUCAAGAGUCUAGGAAAUGUAGUGUCAACUCCUCACCCACGAUUGAACAUUCUUGAUCCUUUUUCCGAGGCAGGCCAACAAAGUAUCAAUCACGUUUAUAGAAACGAAAAUAUCGAAGGAGACACAGCGAUUGUGUGUCGUGAAAUCCAGCCCUUUUGUACUUCAUCUUUGAUUCCAAAAUUUGGACUAACAGGCUCAGGUCCAGUGGCUGUCUCGUACGUGAACACUUUAUACGUUUACCCGCUUCAGCUCGAAAAGUGUCUUUUUCGCAACAUUGCAAUUCGCAUUCAAUUACUUCAACGAGAAAUUGAUCAUGUGAGUGGUGAUGAAGUGUCUAAUGAUGCUUUUCUUCGCGCAAUUUAUCAAGCUGAUAACCAGAUAAGCUGUGCAGCAUACGCACUUGUAGGAUACCAUCAAAAGAAUCCACAGUAUGACGAUGAAAUCAAGAUCUGCCUGCCUGAGUGUUUGACCGCAAACCAUCAUCUGCUAUUCACAUUUUACCACGUUCACUGCAAGAAAUUGCAGUUCAGUCAAUCACAGCAGGAACUUUUUGGGUGGGCAGUGAUUCCAAUCUUUGGAAAAGAUGGAACAAUUUUACAAGAUGGGAAGUAUUCGGUGAAUGUGAAUCCGGCUCCAGCUACUACGAAGUCAUCGACAACAGCUAUUUUACUUUCCAGUGGCUAUGUCGCGAAUGCUCGAGAUGUUGCUCUUGACAAUAACAAGGCAGUUUUUACUUGUCGUUGUCGGGUUGUGUCCUCAAUACACAGCCAAGACAGCGCUGUCGCUGCAUUUUUAAGUCCAUUUCACGGCAAUCAAAAACUUAAUUAUGAUAGUAAAGAAGAAAUUAUCAUUCGACGUUUAAGGGAUCUCAACCAUAGCAGUGCGUUAAAUGCACGUUUCUUUUUCUUCAUGAUCGCCAAGUUUGUACUCGGAUACCUACGAUAUGGGACCUCAAUUGUGCGAUGGUCAGCAUUCCGUACUCUGCUUGCCAUCAUGGAGAAAACAAGUUGGAGUCCACGAGGGUCAUUAAAGGUUCACGAGAUGAAUCGAGUGCUUCAUGAUUUUGUUCACGUUGUCUUCGACGAAACAUCGAUCGACGAUCCCAAUGAAAUCCAUUCGUUUUCUAGGACUUCAUCGAACACCGAGCGUAAUUGUGUUUAUGGUGCACUCCUCGAAACAUGGCUUAACGUGCUAACCAAUAAGGCAUCGGUUGAUGAAAACGCCGAAACGAGACGAAUAUCACUAACGUAUUCGAAUGUACUGUUGCAACUUGUUUUAAAAUCUAUGGCCAUGAGCUUGCUAGAUCAACGCAACAGUCCAAUAAAGGGAAGAACAAUGUUACCAAUGCUGCUCAAUCGAAAUGACGAGGUCAUGCUAGAACGCUUGCUUAAUCAACUCGUCGUCUGUGCUAGUGAUACGUCUAAUGGAUUGCUACUUCAGAAAGAAGUCAAUCGCAGUGUUGCGUACUUUUGUCGAGGAGUGUUUCUCGUUGUCAAAAAUGUUUUUCCUGCUCGAGUCAUUGAUCGAUAUGUCAAAGACGUUGAUGUGCAGGGAGAUGCAAAUAGCCUUCGCCAUAUUUGGCUUCCAUUUCUUCAAAUCUUGGUAGACUUUGAAUUCUUUCCUACAGUAAAUGGUGCUGAGGACAGUUGUGCCUUGAAAACCCGAGCAUGGCUCGUGAAAGCUGUUUUUGAGAAACUUUUGCAAAUUAUUAACACUCAAAGCGAACAGACAAUACGAGUCGAUAGCGUGCGCUUGUUGAGAAGGAUGUUUGCAGCACAAGCAUAUAAUCCUUACUUCCAAAGUCGGGAACAGCAAGAAACGAUUGCUCUCUUAUAUUAUCCCUUCUUCCAUCACUUUGCUCAACUCACGACAGAUGGAAAAGUGUUGUCCAGUAGUUAUCCUAUCACUGGUCAUUCGUCAAAUGGAUUAAAUGGUGAAGGCAAGUCCGUUUUUACUAUUCAAAAAGAGAUUAUGGUGUGUAUUGGCCACCUUCUCUAUAGUGUGUCAACGUCACAACUAUCACGUUUCUUCCUUUCAUACGAAGGUCAGAAUUUGACUGGAGACCGUCAGAUGGAAGUCGGCGUGACAGAAACGCUUGCUUUUUAUCGCCGCGUCGUCGUGAAACACAUGUCAAAAUCUGCUCAUCAAAGCAUUUCAAACGAAAAUGUGGUCGGCGUUCACACAGAAAACACAUGUGACGGUCAGUAUUUAGCAUAUGAUGAAGCCAGAGUCCAUGCUAGUCUGGCCUUAAUACAACGACUGCUGGAGAUAUUCUUGAGUGUUGAGUCGUCAAACAGGACGAAUGAACAAGAUUAUCAUCAUCUCCUCUCGCCGGACUUGGGUGCACCUGACAGCGAAACAGGGUUGUCACUGCUAGAAAAUCGUCUUGUAAAUCGCCACGGCCUUCAUCGUCGAGCAGGAGGUAGUGGACUGGAAGCAAUACCUAAAUCUAAUCUUGCUGAUACUAUGAGUGAAACAACUCAAAAUGGGAUGGAUGGAAGUCCAACUCAAAAGUCACUUCCACGUAAUUGGAGCAAGCAAUACUCGAGCAUUCAGCAGCGACGUACUGGUUUUAGCACUGGCUAUGAAGAGAAAGCAGUAUCAAAGAACAUUGACUAUGAACAAGAUCGGGGGCACAGAAAACAAUUCGCUUGUCUGCAGCAAGCGGUAGCAGAAACAGCAUUUCUAGUGCUUCAAACCGCUGUUGACCAAUACAAAAACGUUAUUCGAGCGAUAGAAGUAGCCUACAAGCCUUGUUUUAAGACUUCAGAUUGCUCUCUUAUGGCUGGCAAUGCGGCGUCACAAGCUGAAUUGACGAAGCAGGCACUUGUCCUUCUUGGAUACAUCACGGAGCUGUUUUUCCAGUUGCUGCACCGAUCAAGCAGCAUCAGUUAUUUAGCUGGAGAGGUUGAGCAUAAUCGUGCUUUGUUAGCACUUUACUGCAGGCUUCCACUACCAUAUGACCAAUGUCGGACUCAGUUGAUUUUGGCUAUUGCAACGACAGCAAAAAAUUUCAUGACUGGGAGUUUUCUUCUUGUGAAAGCACCGAUUCUCAAAGUACUCACAGCAGGUUUUUUCCCAUCACCUAGUAAGCCUCUUGUGUUUACAAUGUCCACAUCAUCUGUGAGAGAUAUGUUAGAUGAGAUGCGUGCAUUUGCGACAAAUUUGCGCGACAGCAGCUCAAGUCUUCCGUCUGGCUUCCAUCUUCAAUUUAUCGAGCUUUUGAAUGAUUUGACAACCAAAGUUCACGCGUAUGAACGCUGGAAUAAUGCGUUUCAAGACCCUAAUGGAGCCCACGACGUGGAAGAGAUCGAGGAAGGAAUUGAUCGUGUUGUUCGAGACAUUUCCCCACAUUGGCUUUUAGAAGAAAAACUCAUUUGGCUCAACGCUUUACUUCGUCUUCACUUGCGUCGAGGUACGUUUGCGGAAGCUGUUUGCUGUAAAUUGGCGGCCAUCGAAUGCGUACAGCAAAGUCAAGUCAGAAGCAAUUCGAUAUCUUCUUCACGACUUCACGAGUGGAUCGUACGUGAGCUUUUUGUUGCUCGUAGCUAUGCAGAACGAGCCGACUGGACUGAAAAAGAACUAUCAAUUUGUGAGCUUCUGCUUGUGCACUUGAAGCAGCAGCGAAAUUUUCAUGAAUAUCGAGAAAUGCUCCGAUGUAUUGAAGCACUAAUUGGACGACUUGCUGAAAGACAGGAUCCUGGAGGAGGUCAGCCCAACAGCUCAGCUUUUUCGUUCUACCGAGUACGCUAUGCAGGUGGUUGUGUGUCCGCUUUAAUCACCAGAGACGAGUUUAUCUACAAACGAAGCAAGUUCAUAUCACUUGGUGAGUUCAUAACCGAAAUGAAAACGAUGCUUCGUACCAAAUACCCACAAUGUGAAAGGGUCGAUGUCGUGCUAGAGCCAAAGCCACUGGCCGGCAGUGAAAGUAACCCCAACGUUAUUUUCCUGCGCGUGACGACAGUGGAGGAAGCUCUUGCGAACGAGUUAUCGUUUCCGAAUGCUACGAAGUCACAACUUGUCAACUGGCGAGUGGCAUUUAAGUUUGCAGUGCCCUUCACUCGUGGAAGUUCAUCAGCCUACGGCAAAACAUGGGAGCAAAUGAAACGAAUAACAUUUCUGUUGGUAGCCCAAGAAUUUCCAUGUCAUCUGCAUCGUCAGCGUGUAUGUUUGCGUUACGAAGAACUACGAAGUCCCAUCGAAAACUCAAUGGAUGACAUUAAAAAGCGUUGCAGUCUUCUUCGAGCUGAAAUUGAAAAGGAAUGCGUCAGAAAGACGGAUUUGAAAACUUUGACUAUGGUUUUGAAAGGCAGUGUCGACACACAUGUGCACGGCGGCAUUCCGGAAGUUCUCGAGUCGUUCCUUGCUAGUAAUGCACCACAGCUCGUGAACGCUGAAGGUCAAAAGUUAGGCAGUCACGACAGUUUACAGAAACGUCACGAACUCGCAAAUCUUCUUGUCGACUUUGCUCAAUUGUGUUGGCAAUGUCUUCUUAUAAGUCGAGAAGCUUUUCGUCGCUCUAGCCAACCCAAUACUCCGCAUGUGUCCGCUCCAGCUGCUCUCAUCUCGACUGAACUUUUUCAGCAUCACUUUGAUCUCGAUCAAUUGGACACUGCAAACGACAACUUCUUACCUCCUUUAUCAUCAGACACUGAACUUCCCAUGACGAAAGUUGAUUUGUCUUUACCCAUAGAAACAGAUGUAUCGCCUCGUUCAUUUGCUAAAGUGUCUCCUUUACAAACGGAAUUUGAACGGAGCUUUGCGUCUAUUGUGGAUCAACUUAUGACCCAAAUUCCCUUCACGUAUAAGAAUGCAGACAAGCUCGCACGUCUUCAGCACCAAACUAUUGGUCUUAACGUACCCACUACUUUUUCAACUCCAUUACCCGUUUUACCUCUGCCUGAUAACAUUCGGUAA